ACAUUCCCACCCUUUGUGCCCCUCAAUUCUAUAUCGUACUGCUCUCCAACGUCGCGACGUCACAAAGCAGUCAAGAUGGCUCCAGGAAUGUCCCUCUACUCGGUCAAUGCCAUCCUCAUUCUCUCAACUGAGGAUGGAUCGAGAUUAUACGCGAAAUAUUACGACUCUCCACACCAUGCUACCCUCCCAGCAGGGCAGAGUGCACCGGCAUCGAACAACCCAUAUCCCGACGUGAAGUCACAAAAGGCAUUCGAGAAGGCACUCCUCGAGAAGACGGCGAAACAGACCGGAGACAUCUUGCUGUUCGAUGGACGAAUUGUUCUCUACAAAUCCGAGAGCGACGUGAUGCUCUACCUCGUCGGCAGUGUCGAGGAGAACGAAGUCCUGCUCUACAACGCCAUCCUCGCCCUGCGCGACUCCCUGCACCUCCUCUUCAAGGCCUCGGUCGACAAGCGCACCAUCAUCGAGAGCUACGACCUCGUGUCCCUGGCCGUGGACGAGAUUGUCGACGACGGCAUCAUCCUCGAGACAGACCCCACUAUCAUCGUCCAGCGCGUGAGCAAGGCGCCCACACAGGACGUCGACCUGCGCCGGAUCGAUCCCUUCAGCGAGCAGGGCGUCAACCAUCUGGCGCAGCUGGGCAAGAGCAAGUUGUCAGACUGGUUGCGGCAGGGAUUGUAAAGAGCAUUUGGUUGGCGGGCGGGAUGUGGCAGUAAGAGGGGUCGGCAAGGUCCUGCAAUGGGAACCACGGGCUGGGCGUCUAGUUUUCUAGAAAAGGAGUACUGGGGACACAUAUUGCUUUCUGAAAAUCGAAUUGUGCUUCAAGG